AGAAUUGCUGACCUGCUUUUGUGUUUCUUGGCCACACUGCAGCCCCACAGAAUGGCAAACACUAGGUUCAACGCAGACGUCGCGGCAGAAGCCGCAGAGGAGCACUACAGCCUGCAAAAGCGAUUAGUCCGCUUGGAAGCCGAGGAGGAACAACAGAAACAGGCCGCUGAGCAAGCGGCGCGAUACGAGGACUCCGUGGACACGAGCGGCGUGGAUCGCGCAAGACGCAGGAACAGCGCCUUGCGGGAGGAAAUUGCAAAAUUGGAGGUGCAACUGAAGGAGUUGCAGACUAUCAACGUUGCCGAUCUCCAGCACGAGUAUCAGCGACUUGACGGCCGCCGUGCCCACUUACUGAACGAGAUCGCAAGCUUGCGUCGAGUCAUAGCGAAUCAGAGCAAGGACGUGCGACGUGCCACUCGCGCAGUGAAUAAUCAGCGAGAGCUGCACAGGCAAAACGAUGAGCACCACGCUUCCUCGAACGCAGACAUACAAAUGUUCAAGGAUAAGCGCGAGACCCUCGCACAGGAGACGCAGCGCCUCAUUCGCAAAGAGCGCCACUUAGGGUUGGAGCUGGAAACCUUACCAGCGGCCGGCGAGGACAGUGAAGCGGUGACGAGCCGUCUGAGAGAUGACAACGCAAAGAAGGACCAAACAAUUGAACGCCUGGAAGCGACAUUGCGGGAGAAGCAGCAGCAGAAGCAGCAGCAAGCAAACACGGAACAAAGCCCUGCUGCGACACCUGUUGACGAGCUCAAGCGCUUGCGGGAGGAGUACGUGCGCCUCAACGAUCGGCUGAAACGAAGCAAACAGUAA